UAAGAUUUCUACCACAGACUCAGGGAGACAGGUGAAGGACCAAGGACAUGCUCAACACCUCGGACAGCACAGCAAUGGGUUUCAUCGAUGAUGGUAUCUACGAUUAUGAGACAGGCUACGACUAUGUCAACAAUUCUCUGGGAAAUCUAACCAACAGCAGUGACUAUGACCUGUCUUACUGGUGUGAGGCCGAUGCCGAGCAGGAGUUCAUCAUCAAGACCUUCCAGACGUGUGUUUUCUGCUUCAUCUUCCCGCUGGGUGUCCUGGGAAACAGCCUGGUGAUCGCCACCUUCGCCCAGUACCGCCGCCUUCAUCUUCGCUCCAUGACCGACAUCUUCCUGUUCCACUUGGCGCUGGCCGACCUCCUCCUGCUCUUGACGCUCCCUCUGCAAGCCGUCUACACUCACCUGGGCUGGAUCUUCCCCUCUUUCAUCUGCAAGGCCACGCGCGCAUUGUACGCCAUCAACACGUACAGCGGGAUUCUGCUGCUGGCCUGCAUCAGUGUCGACCGCUACAUGGUGGUGGCUCGGGCACAGAAGAUGCUAAGGCUGCUCAGUCAGAUUUUAACCUGCGGGAAAGUAGCUGCUGCGGGUGUUUGGAUUGUUGCGGUGAUCCUCAGCCUGCCAGAGAUCCUCUACUCUGGGGUGGUAGGGUCCGGCAGUGAGGCUUACUGCGGCAUGCUGAAUAGUGGAAGAGUGAAAAUGGUGACCAACGGAGCCAUCAUCGGCGUCUUCUGCCUGUCCCUCUUUGUUAUGGUGACAUGCUACUCUCUGAUCGCUCACGUGCUCUGGGAGGGGCAUGCAGACAGACGGGGGAAACAGUGGCAUCGUCAGCGUACGCUGAAACUGAUGGUGGCUCUGGUGCUGGUUUUUCUUGUGUUCCAGCUUCCGUACACUGUGGUGCUCUCACAGAAGAUAGCAGGUGAUUUCUGCAACCUUCUGUUGGAAUACAUCACCUGCACGUUGGCAUACACCCGUUGCUGCCUCAACCCCGUCCUGUACGCCCUGGUAGGCGUGCGCUUCCGUAGAGAUGUGCUGAAGCUCCUCCUUGAUUCAGGCUGCCACAGUGUAGUCCAGUUGAUGCCACCAACAGGCAGCUCCACCUCCAUGUCGCCCUCUUCAUCUAGAAAGCUUAAAGGACCCGACUUCCAGAGGACGCAGUCACUCCAGCAACGACACAGUCCCUCCUCCCAAAUUUCAGUUACCAUGAUCUUUCCCUCAGGUGAAUAACACGGACAGUCACAAAUACACAAAACCAACGGAAAAAAACAAUUAAAAAUAGCAGAAGGACCCGAACGAUAAAUGAGUUUGCAAGGCUACAUGACUCGACAUAUUUUGGAGUUUUUCUAGGCAUGUCAUGGUUUUAAAGCUGAUGAGUUUAGCUUAGAGUUUAAUAUUUAUUAAAUAAAUUUAUGUUUGGAUAAAGAAACCUAAAGACGGUUAGACAACGAAUACUUUAACCGAAACUAGAUUUACUGGAUGUUCUGCAUUUUGUAUAUUUUAUCAAAUUUUAAGUUUUUCUCAAUUAUAAACAUACAAGUAUUUUCUGCAUGUUUGCCAUGAAAGUCGGUAUUGUUCUCAUGUUAUGCUGUAUUUAAACAUGUGUUUCUUUGUUUUUGUUUUGCUUGUGAUGCAAUAAAGUCACUGGAGCUUG